CUCGCGUCGUUCCUCUUGUGAUAGUUGCGCAUCUGACCCGAGGCCGGCAACAACGAUGUCCUCACGACGGUGCUGCUGGUUGUUAGUUUUUGCGGUGUGCCCGUUGUUUGCGGUGCUUUCGGAAGCGGCUGGAUUAGUGAAAGUAUCUGACACCGAGCCGCCGGUCUUCCCGGUGACGAUCAUUCACGUGAACGAUUUCCAUGCCCGUUUCGAGGAGACGAACGAGCGAUCGACACGCUGCAAGGCGGACGAAGGUGAACGGUGUAUCGGUGGGUACGCCCGGAUUGUUUCGCGAGUGAAGUCCCUUCGGCAGGAGUACGCCGAUCGGAAUCCGAUCUAUUUGAAUGCGGGCGAUAACUUCCAGGGAACGCUUUGGUACACGUUGCUCCGUUGGAAUGUGACGGCGCACUUCCUCAAUCUGCUACCGGCCGAUGUGAUGACGCUGGGGAACCAUGAGUUUGAGCAUGGAAUUGGCGGGUUGGUUCCGUUUCUGGAUGUGAUCGAGAGCCCGAUUGUGGUGGCGAAUAUUGACGAUCGUGAGGAACCGACGAUACAGGGCAAGUACCAGAAAUCGGUUGUGCUGGAGCGUGGUGGCCGUCGGAUCGGAAUCGUCGGUGUUAUCCAUCAUCUGACGCACACGAUGGGUAUGACGGAGAAGGUCCGGUUCCUGGAUGAGGUGGAGCAGCUGCGGAAGGAAAUCGAGCAACUGAAAAGCACGGGCGUUGACCUAAUCAUCGUGCUGUCCCACUGUGGCCUGGACAUUGAUCGUAAAAUUGCUCGCGAGCUGCCCGAGGUGGACGUGAUCGUCGGUGGCCAUUCGCAUACGUUUCUGUACAACGGAACAACGGAGCAGUUCCCAGAUCGGGCAGAAGAUACGUAUCCGGUUGUGGUAGAGCAUGGAGGAGCACGAGGAGAGCGCCAGCGCCGUACACUGAUCGUACAGGCCGCUUCGUACGCGAAGUACGUUGGCCGGAUUACGGUGUAUUUCGACGAGAACGGUGACAUCGUCCAGUGGGAGGGAAAUCCUGAAUUUCUUGACGAAUCCGUACCACAGGAUGAACAGAUUCGGCGCGAGCUGGUACCGUGGCGGGAGCAGGUUGAUGUGCAGGCCAACCGUCAUAUCGGUUACUCGGCGGUGGCACUGUCGCGCGAUGAUUGCGCGUGGAGUGAGUGUAACUUUGGUAACUUCAUGACCGACGGUUACAUCGCACAUUAUGCGGCCGAGAGCGCGAAACAGCCGACGGUGGGCGCGUGGAGCGAGGUGGCAAUUGCCAUUAACACGGGUGGUGGCAUGCGAACAUCACUCCGGGCUGGUAAUCUGACCUUUGACGACCUAGUGACCGCGGUUCCGUUCGAGGAUACGGUCGAUAGUUUCGAUCUGCUCGGCCAUCACCUUCUGGAAGUGUUUGAGCACAGUGCGAGCCGGUACGGUAAGACGGAUAUGAUGCAGGUUUCCGGAUUGAAGGUGGUGUACGAUAUGCGGCGCCCGGAGGGAACGAGGGUCGUUUCGAUAGCGGUCCGUUGCAAGCACUGUUCGGUGCCGAGGUAUGAACCGCUGGAGCUGGAUCGUGUGUACCGCGUGGCUACCGGGACGUACAUCCGGAAGGGGGGCAGCGGUUAUACGAUGAUUCCGCAGCAUGCGACCAAUCUACGCGUCGGGCCGGUUGAUGUUAGUGUCUUGGAGGAAUACGUGAGGAAGAUGAGCCCCAUCACUUGUGGCACGGAAGGGCGUAUCAGCGUUAUCACGUAGAGACAAUCGAGGUGACAAGGAAUUUGAAUGAAAUUAAUAGGUUUUUUAAUCAUUUAGGCGAAUGUGGCAGCCUAACAUCUUGAUGAUCAAUAAAAAAAAAUAUGAAUCCUAAAA